GUGCCUUUUAGAAUGACAGAAAACUCUGCUAAAAAUGGAAACCCCGCAUCUCCACUCUCGCAUCUUUUCUCUCAACGACAACAACCAUUCAAAUCGCCACGAUAAUCGUGGUCGCCUUCCCCAUCCAUCCAAGAGCCUCAAUAAUGUCGUGAAAUGGACCUCUUCUCCUUUCUCCCCACGGAGAUCCUCCUGAAGAUCCUCCACGCCCUCCCCGAUUUUCUCGCCCUCCACCGCCUGCUGCUAGCCUCUGACCGCGCCGCGCGUGUCUUCGCCCACCAUGGCGGCUACGUGCUGGAGGACGUGCUGAGGGCGUACCCGGGCACCUCGUUUAACCUGCAUCGACUGUUUCGCUCGGUCGCGCUGGUCCGGGGCCAUGUGCGCGAUGGGCGAACGAUGCAGGAGUUUGUUGCGUGGAUGAACGCCAAUGACGGAAUUGCAUUGGCGGGGUUGAAGCUGCCGUCGCCCGUGUUGAUAGAGAUGGUGAGUGUCGCGGCGAAUAUUCAGCAGCUGGCCUGUGCGUGUCUGCGCAAGCUGUUGAAUCGAAUACAGCAUCUCCAGACGCGGCUGGAGCCAACCACGCCGGCGCCGUAUCCGCCUGAAGAGCCGCUGUCGUGGAUGGAGGAGUAUCGCGUGCAUCGCGCGCUGUGGUAUCUGCAGCUUUUCUGGGACUUGCAUGUGAAAUUUGAUGCUGCGCAGCCUUCGCGAAUAUCCGAGUAUUACGAGACUGUCGGGUCGUCGUAUUGCUGGAUUGAAGAGGAAAUCCUCUGCAUGGCGUGCUGUAUAUCGUCCAUGGGGACGGAAUCCGCCGCUCCAUCAGAUAUCAUCCCUCUACCAUCUGCGCGAUCACUGCCCAUCCACGCAGAAUGGACCAUGGCUCCCGUGCCUGACAACUCAGGCCGAGAUCUGUUCAAAUCGCGCCCUCCGUCCUGGGCGAAUCUAGGCGGAUCGGCGUAUUAUAUCUGGAGUCUGCGGACGGAUAUCAACCCGCAGACCGAGGACGAGAGGCACGUCACUGCCUUUCUAUCAUUACGAAAACUGGGCAUCUGGUUCUGGGAUAGAGAACGGAUCGAAAUGCUAGGAAUGGACAUCCAAGAACGAUCUGAAGAAUCGGGCGAAGUCACGCCCGAAGAACGAGCACGAGUACGGCAGCGAUGGUGGGAUGUCGCCAGAAUCGGGCAUGCGAUGGACUGAUGAAUUAUGAUCAAAAUGCAUUGUACAUUUAUAUCUAUUCAAUAUCUAUAUCAUUCUGCUUUAAGACCAAGCAGAUUCUCCGCAUUCUUAUACGCAAACAACUCCAACUCCCUCCCCUGAAUCAGCCCACUCUCCUCAAUCUCCCUGAAAAACUGCAAUCCCCUCUCGUUUGUCGAAAACGGAUAGUCGACGCUAUACAGGACAUGCUCGACGCUCGUCGUCUGCAAGAGA